AUGUAUUGCCAUGUAUUACCAUGUAUAGCCAUGUAUAGCCAUAUAAUGCCAUGUAUAGCCAUGUAUAGCCAUGUACUACCAUGUAUUGCCAUGUAUUGCCAUGUAUUACCAUGUAUAGCCAUGUAUCACCAUGUAUACCCCUGUAUACCCAUGUAUUGCCAUGUAUUAUCAUGUAUCGCCAUGUAGUACCAUGUAUAGCCAUGUAUAGCCAUGUAAUGCCAUGUAUAGCCAUGUAUUACCAUGUAUAGCCAUAUAUUGAGAUGUAUUGCCAUGUAUUGCCAUGUAAUGCCAUGUAUUACCAUGUAUAGCCAUGUAUAGCCAGGUAAUGCCAGGUAUAGCUAUGUAUUACCAUGUAUACCCAUGAAAAGCCAUGUAUAGCCAUCUAUUGCCAUGUAUAGCCAAGUAUAGCCAUGUAUACCCAUGUAAUGCCAUAUAUUGCAAUGUAUUACCAUGUAUAGCCAUGUAUAGCCAUGGACUACCAUCUAUUGCCAUGUAUUGCCAUGUAUUACCAUGUAUAGCAAUGUAUUGCCAUGUAUUACCAUGUAUAGCCAUGUAAUGCCAUGUAUUACCAUGUAUUGCCAUGUAUUACAAUGUAUAGCCAUGUAUAGCCAUAUAGUGCCAUGUAUUGCCAUGUAUUACCAUGUAUAGCCAUGUAUAGCCAUGUAAUGCCAUGUAUAGCUAUGUAUUACCAUGUAGAGCCAUGUAUAGCCAUGUAUUGCCAUGUAUUACGAUGUAUAACCAUGUAUAGCCAUGUAUUACCAUGUAUAGAAAUGUAAAGCCAUGUAAUGCCAUGUAUAGCUAUGUAUUACCAUGUAUAGCCAUGUAUAGCCAUGUAUAGCCAUGUAUUGCCAUAUAUUGCCAUGUAUUACCAUGUAUAGCCAUGUAUUGCCAUGUAUUACCAUGUAUAGCCAUGUAUAGCCAUGUAUACCCAUGUAAUGUAUUGCCAUGUAAUACCAUGUAUAGCCAUGUAAUGCCAUUUAUAGCCAUGUAUAGCCAUGUAUAGCCAUGUAUCACCAUGUAUAGCCCUGUAUAGCCAUGUACACCCAUGUAUUGCCAUGCAUACCCAUGGAUUGCCAUGUACACCCAUUUGUUGCCAUGUAUUACCAUGUAUAGCCAUGUGUAGACAUCUAUUACCAUGUAUAGCCAUGUAUUACCAUGUAUUACGAUGUAUUGCCAUAUAAUACUAUGUAUAGCCAUGUAAUGCCAUGUAUAGCCAUGUAUAGCCAUGUACUACCAUGUAUUGCCAUGUAUUGCCAUGUAUAGCCAUGUAUCACCAUGUAUAGCCCCGUAUAGCCGUGUAUAGCCAUGUAUUGCCAUGUAUACCCAUGUAUUGCCAUGUAUACCCAUUUAUUGCCAUGUAUUACCAUGUAUAGCCAUGUAUAGCCAUCUAUUACCAUGUAUAGCCAUGUAUUGCCAUGUAUUACGAUGUUUUGCCAUGUAAUACCAUGUAUAGCCAUGUAUUACCAUGUAUACCCAUGUAAUGCCAUAUAUUGCAAUGUAUUACCAUGUAUAGCCCUGUAUAGCCAUGUAAUAACAUGUAUUGCAAUGUAUUACCAUGUAUAGCCAUGUUUGCCAUAUAAUGCCAUGUAUAGCCAUGUAUAGCCAUGUACUACCAUGUAUUGCCAUGUAUUGCCAUGUAUUGCCAUGUAGAGCCAUGUAUCACCAUGUAUAGCCCUGUAUAGCCAUGUAUACCCAUGUAUUGCCAUGUAUACCCAUGUAUUGCCAUGUAUACCCAUUUAUUGCCAUGUAUUACCACGUAUCGCCAGGUAGUACCAUGUAUAGCCAUGUAAUGCCAUGUAUAGCAAAGUAUAGCCAUGUAUACCCAUGUAAUGCCAUAUAUUGCCAUGUAUUACCAUGUAUAGCCAUGUAUAGCCAUGUACUACCAUGUAUUGCCAUGUAUUGCCAUGUAUUGCCAUGUAUAGCCAUGUAUCACCAUGUAUAACCCUGUAUAGCCAUGUAUACCCAUGUAUUGCCAUGUAUACCCAUGUAUUGCCAUGUAUACCCAUUCAUUGUCAUAUAUUACAAUGUAUCGCCAUGUAGUACCAUGUAUAGCCAUGUAUAGCCAUGUAAUGGCAUGUAUAGCCAUGUAUUACCAUGUAUAGCCAUAUAUUGAGAUGUAUUGCCAUGUAUUGCCAUGUAAUGCCAUGUAUUACCAUGUAUAGCCAUGUAUAGCCAUAUAAUGCCAUGUUUAGCCAUAUAUAACCAUGUAUAGCCAUGUAUCACCAUUUUUAGCCCUGUAUAGCCAUGUAUACCCAUGUAUUGCCAUGUAUACCCAUGUAUUGCCAUGUAUACCCAUUUAUUGCCAUUUAUUACCAUGUAUCGCCAUGUACUACCAUGUAUAGCCAUGUAUAGCCAUGUAUUACCAUGUAUAGCCAUAUAUUACCAUGUAUUGCUAUGUAAUGCCAUGUUUUACCAUGUAUAGGUAUGUAAUGCCAUGUAUAGCCCUGUAUAGCCAUGUAUUACCAUGUAUAGGCAUGUAUUGCAAUGUAUUGCCAUGUAUCGCCAUGUAUUACCAUGCAUAGCCAUGUAUUACCAUGUAAAGCCAUGUAAUGCCAUGUAUAGCUAUGUAUUAGCAUGUAUAGCCGUGUAUAGCCAUGUAUAGCUAUGUAUUGCCAUAUAUUGCCAUGUACUACCAUUUAUAGCCAUGUAUUGCCAUGUAUUACCAUGUAUAGCCAUGUAUACCCAUGUAUACCCAUGUAAUGUAUUGCCAUGUAAUACCAUGUAUAGCCAUGUAAUGCCAUUUAUAGCCAUGUAUAACCAUGUAUAGCCAUGUAUCACCAUGUAUAGCCCUGUAUAGCCAUUUAUUGCCAUGUAUUACCAUGUAUCGCCAUGUAGUACCAUGUAAAGCCAUGUAUAGCCAUGUAAUGCCAUGUAUUACAAUGUAUUGCCAUGUAAUACCAUGUAUAGCCAUGUAAUGCCAUGUAUAGCCAUGUAUUACAAUGUAUACCCAUGUAAUGCCAUACAUUGCCAUGUAUUACCAUGUAUAGCCAUAAAUACCCAUGUAAUAACAUGUAUUGCCAUGUAUUACCAUGUAUAGCCAUGUAUAGCCAUAUAAUGCCAUGUAUAGCCAUGUAUAGCCAUGUAUAGCUAUGUAUUACCAUGAAUUGCCAUGUAUUGCCAUGUAUUACCAUGUAUAGCCAUGUAUCACCAUGUAUAGCUCUGUAUAGCCAUGUAUUGCCAUGUAUUGCCAUGUAUACCCAUGUAUUGCCAUGUAUAGCCAUUUAUUGUCAUGUAUUACAAUGUAUCGCCAUGUAGUACCAUGUUUAGCCAUGUAUAGCCAUGUAAUGGCAUGUAUAGCCAUGUAUUACCAUGUAUAGCCAUAUAUUGAGAUGUAUUGCCAUGUAUUGCCAUGUAAUGCCAAGUAUUACCAUGUAUAGCCAUGUAUAGCCAUAUAAUGCCAUGUUUAGCCAUGUAUAACCAUGUAUAGCCAUGUAUCACCAUUUUUAGCCCUGUAUAGCCAUGUAUACCCAUGUAUUGCCAUGUAUACCCAUGUAUUGCCAUGUAUACCCAUUUAUUGCGAUUUAUUACCAUGUAUCGCCAUAUACUACCAUGUAUAGCCAUGUAUAGCCAUGUAUUACCAUGUAUAGCCAUAUAUUACCAUGUAUUGCCAUGUAAUACCAUGUUUUACCAUGUAUAGGUAUGUAAUGCCAUGUAUAGCCAUGUAUAGCCAUGUAUUACCAUGUAUAGCCAUGUAUUGCCAUGUAUUACCAUGUAUCGCCACGUAUUACCAUGCAUAGCCAUGUAUUACCAUGUAAAGCCAUGUAAUGCCAUGUAUAGCUAUGUAUUACCAUGUAUAGCCGUGUAUAGACAUGUAUAGCCAUGUAUUGCCAUGUAUUACCAUGUAUAGCCAUGUAUACCCAUGUAUACCCAUGUAAUGUAUUGCCAUGUAAUACCAUGUAUAGCCAUGUAAUGCCAUUUAUAGCCAUGUAUAACCAUGUAUAGCCAUGUAUCACCAUGUAUAGCCCUGUAUAGCCAUUUAUUGUCAUGUAUUACCAUGUAUCGCCAUAUAGUACCAUGUAAAGCCAUCUAUAGCCAUGUAAUGCCCUGUAUUACAAUGUAUUGCCAUGUAAUACCAUGUAUAGCCAUGUAAUGCCAUGUAUAGCCAUGUAUUACCAUGUAUACCCAUGUAAUGCCAUAUAUUGCCAUGUAUUACCAUGUAUAGCCAUAAAUACCCAUGUAAUAACAUGUAUUGCCAUGUAUUGCCAUGUAUAGCCAUGUAUAGCCAUAUAAUGCCAUGUAUAGCCAUGUAUAGCCAUGUAUAGCUAUGUAUUACCAUGAAUUGCCAUGUAUUGCCAUGUAUUACCAUGUAUAGCCAUGUAUCACCAUGUAUAGCUCUGUAUAGCCAUGUAUUGCCAUGUAUUGCCAUGUAUACCCAUGUAUUGCCAUGUAUAGCCAUGUAUUACCAUGUAUACCCAUGUAAUGCCAUAUAUUGCCAUGUAUUACCAUGUAUAGCCAAGUAUACCCAUGUAUUAACAUGUAUUGCCAUGUAUAACAAUGUAUAGCCAUGUAUAGCCAUAUGAUUCCAUGUAUAGCCAUGUAUAGCCAUGUACUACAAUGUAUUGCCAUGUAUUGCCAUGUAUUACCAUGUAUAGCCAUGUAUCACCAUGUAUAGCCCUGUAUAGCCAUGUAUACCCAUGUAUUGCCAUGUAUACCCAUUUAUUGGCAUGUAUUACCAUGUAUAGCCAUGUAUAGCCAUCUAUUACCAUGUAUAGCCAUGUAAUGCCAUAUAUUGCCAUGUAUUACCAUAUAUAGCCAUAUAUACCCAUGUAAUAACAUGUAUUGCCAUGUAUUACCAUGUAUAGCCAUGUAUAGCCAUAUAAUGCCAUGUAUAGGCAUGUAUAGCCAUGUACUACCAUGUAUUGCCAUGUAUUGCCAUGUAUUACCAUGUAUAGCCAUGUAUCAACAUGUAUAGCCCUGUAUAGCCAUGUAUACCCAUGUAUUGCCAUGUAUACCCAUGUAUUGCCAUGUAUACCCAUUUAUUGCCAUGUAUACCCAUAUAUUGCCAUGUAUACCGAUGUAUUGCCAUGUAUACCCAUUUAUUGCCAUGUAUUACCAUGUAUCGCCAUGUUGUACCAUGUAUAGCCAUGUAUAGCCAUGUAAUUGCAUGUAUUACCAUGUAUAGCCAUAUAUUAAGAUGUAUUGCCAUGUAUUGCCAUGUAAGUCCAUGUAUUACCAUGUAUAGCCAUGUACAGCCACGUAAUGCCAUGUUUAGCCAUGUAUAACCAUGUAUAGCCAUGUAUCACCAUUUUUAGCCCUGUAUAGCCAUGUAUAUCCAUGUAUUGCCUUGUAUACCCAUGUAUUGCCAUGUAUACCCAUUUAUUGCCAUGUAUUACCAUGUAUCGCCAUGUAGUACCAUGUAUAGCCAUGUAUAGCCAUGUAAUGGCAUGUAUUACCAUGUAUAGCCAUAUAUUGAGAUAUAUUGCCAUAUAUUGCCAUGUAAGGCCAUGUAUUACCAUGUAUAGCCAUGUAUAGCCACGUAAUGCCAUGUCUAGCCAUGUAUAACCAUGUAUAGCCAUGUAUCACCAUUUUUAGCCCUGUAUAGCCAUGUAUACCCAUGUAUUGCCAUGUAUAACCAUGUAUAGCCAUGUAUCACCAUGUAUAGCCCUGUAUAGCCAUUUAUUGCCAUGUAUUACCAUGUAUCGCCAUGUACCACCAUGUAUAGCCAUGUAUAGCCAUGUAUUACCAUGUAUAGCCAUAUAUUGCCAUUUAUUGCCAUGUAAUGCCUUGUAUUACCAUGUGUAGCCAUGUAAUGCCAUGUAUAGCCAUGUAUUACGAUGUAUUGCCAUGUAAUACCAUGUAUAGGCAUGUAAUGUCAUGUAUAGCCAUGUAUUACCAUGUAUACCCAUGUAAUGCCAUAUAUUGCCAUGUAUAACCAUGUAUAGCCAUAUAAUGCCAUGUAUAGCCAUGUAUAGCCAUGUACUACCAUGUAGUGCCAUGUAUUGCCAUGUAUUACCAUCUAUAGGCAUGUAUCACCAUGUAUAGCCCUGUAUAGCCAUGUAUACCCAUGUAUUGCCAUGUAUACCCAUGUAUUGCCAUGUAUACCCAUUUAUUGCCAAGUAUUACCAUGUAUAGCCAUGUAUAGCCAUCUAUGACCAUGUAUAGCCAUGUAUUGCCAUGUAUUACGAUGUAUUUCCAUGUAAUACCAUGUAUAGCCAUGUAAUGCCAUGUAUAGCCAUGUAUUACCAUGUAUACCCAUGUAAUGCCAUAUAUUGCCAUGUGUUACCAUGUAUAGCCAAGUAUACCCAUGUAAUAACAUGUAGUGCGAUGUAUUACCAUGUAUAGCCAUGUAUAGCCAUAUAAUGCCAUGUAAAGCCAUGUAUAGCCAUGUACUACCAUGUAUUGCCAUGUAUUGCCAUGUAUUACCAUGUAUAGCCAUGUAUCACCAUGUAUCGCUCUGUAUAGCCAUGUAUACCCAUGUAUUGCCACGUAUACCGAUGUAUUGCCAUGUAUACCCAUGUAUUGCCAUUUAUACCCAUUUAUUGCCAUGUAUACCCAUGUAUUGCCAUGUAUACCCAUUUAUUGCCAAGUAUUACCAUGUAUCGCCAUGUAGUACCAUGUAUAGCCAUGUAUAGGCAUGUAAUGCCAUGUAUUACCAUGUAUAGCCAUAUAUUGAGAUGUAUUGCGUUGUAUUGCCAUGUAAUGCCAUGUAUUAGCAUGUAUAGCCAUGUAUAGCCAUGUAAUGCCAUGUUUAGCCAUGUAUAACCAUGUAUAGCCAUGUAUCACCAUUUUUAGCCCUGUAUAGCCAUGUAUACCCCUGUAUUGUCAUGUAUACCCAGGUAUUGCCAUGUAUACCCAUUUAUUGCCAUGUAUUACCAUGUAUCGCCAUGUACUACCAUGUAUAGCCAUGUGUAGCCAUGUAUUACCAUGUAUAGCCAUAUAUUGCCAUGUAUUGCCAUGUAAUGCCAUGUAUUACCAUGUAUAGCCAUGUAAUGCCAUGUAUUGCCAUGUAUAGCCAUGUAUUACCAUGUAUAGCCAUGUAUUGCCAUGUACUACCAUGUAUCGCCUUGUAUUACCAUGCAUAGCCAUGUAUUACCAUGUAAUGCCAUGUAUAGCCAUGUAUAGCCAUGUAUUACCAUGUAUAGCCAUGUAUUGC